AUACUGAUUUCAUCUGGAAAAAUCGAAAACCUGCUUCAUGGUAAUCAUAUAUUAUGUUCCUAAUUUCCACAGUAAAAGUUGAAGAUGUAGUGGGAAGUCAUAUUGAAGACCCAGUUACUUUCUGGGGUCAGAGCAUUCAUUUAAUUCAAGACCUUUUGAAGAUGUCUUCUACUUUGACAGAAAUUUGUCCAUUUGCUGCCAAAGUGUUUGGAGAUCCGGUUCCUGAAAAGGUCUACGGUGGAUUAUACACUGAAGACCAGUGUUGGUAUCGAUGUAAACUGAAGAAAGUCAUGGCAAAUGAAAAGUGCCUGAUGACGUAUGUUGAUUAUGGAAAUUCUGAAACUCUAAACAAGUCGUCUGUCGUUGAACUGCCAGAAGAUUUGCAGCACCCAGGUUUGGCCAGCAAGUACAGGCUUUGGGGCCUUCGGGUUCCACCCAAGCAAGAGGUUGCUGAAUUUGACCAGGGAAGAAAAUUUCUGGCUAGUUUGAUUAAUGACAAAAUAAUCCGAAUCAGUCACAGAGAUCGAACUCCGGAUGGAACCUUUCUCGUAGAUGCUAAGAGUGAUUCCCUCAACAUUGGCCAGGAAGUUGUGCAGAAGGGGUUUGCUGAAAAUUGUGAAGUUGUUUCCAAUCACAACUUGGAUCGAUUGAAGACUGAUGCAAACUUGUCAACUGCUGGCAGGAAUGCAGGCGUGCUCAGCAGUCGUUCACUGAAAGUGAAGAAUAUACCGAAGUCAAGAAAUGUUCAUCUAGGAAUCAAUUCCAAAGAUCGAAUGCAUUCUGGAGAACAUAAGCGCAGAGAACAAAGGGUGGAUGGGAAAAAUGGCGUUGUGUGCACACUGGAGAAGAAAUCGCAGGGCCGCGUGCAGAAGCAGGACGUGAUCAGGGUACACUCCGAUCAGAAACAGCUGGAGAAUCAAAACGAAGGGUUGAGAGCGAAAAACAUCAUGUAUCUGCAGAAAUGCCAUUUUCUGGAAGCACAACUGACACAGCAGCAGCGGCAACUCAAAAAAAUGGAAGAAGAAUUAAAAUGGCAUCAAGGGGCAGAAUUGAAGUUGUUGGAUGAACAAAACCAUGACAUUGAAAUGAAGCUCAAAUGUUUGGCAGAGAAAGUUCAAAAACUGAAACAGGUUAGGAGUGAGUUAAAUGCGGAUCGAUUUGGAAAUGACCUUGUCCAUGCAAUGAAGGUCGUGACUGAGGGUCGUAUUCAUAUGCCACACUCAAUGAAGCAUCUUGAAAAUAUUUGGCAUGAAUACAACUUUGCUCAAGAAACACUUCAGAAAUGCAAUUCACUGGAUGAAGUAGAUGACCUCAUCAACAAGCGUAAUAAGAUACGUAACAAGCUUCAUGCUGCAGCUCAGGAUUUCACCUCAGAAGUUGACGUGGUGCCCGUCAGAGAUCGUGUCAACGUUCUGAAGUGUUUAACUUGCACUUUGAGCUCUGUCUACGGCCCGUAUGAGAGCGUGCACAGCUCGGACACGAUGUUCGAUCAGUUUAUUGAGCGGAGAGACAGGAUGUUGCAGGAGUCCAACAACAGGAGGGCUAGAACAGUCAAAUCUCUGCAGAUGCUCUCGGGGUGGUUUGGUAACACUGCGAAGUUUUUUGAGCUGGACUCUGGAGAUUCCUGGCCCUUGGGGGAAGACAGUAAAAGUCUCAAGAUUUUGCUGGAUGAAGCGGAACGGGACGUAGACAAAGAAAUUGAAAUGUUCAUCCCACAAAACUGUGAAGCUGUUAAUGAGAUUAUCCAUGGUGCCUUCAAUGAAGUGAUGCAGAAGAUUGAAGAGGAACAGGGCUUACUUUCGAUUAUUGAAAGCAGACAUGCUGACAGUGUUCAGUUUAAGGAACAAGCUGGGCAGUGGUUUAAUACUUGUCCCAAUGUUGAACACUUGCUGUUGAUCAAAAGUUCAGUGAAGAAUCUAAAAGCUCAGCUGAGGUGGAAGCUGGUCGAAAAGAACAACCUUGAAGAUUUGGGCCAUUUCGAUGACGUGAAGACUCAGAAAAUUAAGGAAGAAAUUCAGAAACUUCGAGAUGAGGUCCACGAAGAAAUCUGCUGUGAAAGAAAAGAAUAUGAGAGACUUGCUGGUAUCGUUCAGAAUUGGUUUCCAGAACUUGCCCUCCUCCACCCUGAGGCUGCAAUCAAGAGUUACAUGCAGUCUGCUGGACUUCUGAAUGAGAACUUGGAGCGUAGUUUGUUUGAUCGUGAGCCUCUGAGAGAGUUGAGUAGCAAGCGAUCAGUGGUGUGCUCUGAGGUUAAGUCCAAGAGAAUUCUCCUAAAGGGACACUGUGUGGAUUACACCACAGAGGCUCACAUGAUAGAGAGAGCAGCUGAGUAUCACCGGGCCUGGUCUGUGUUGAAGGAGAACUCUGGACUUCUACCAAUUCUGGACAUGUUUGUUUGCAAGUCUGAGCCAGUGGCCUAUGUUCUGGUGCCGUUUUAUCCGGGAUGCUCUUUGAAGGAGGUGCAGGACACCAACCCCUUGAACUCAGCGGAGGUAAUAACAGUGAUGAGAGGUGUUGCAGUUGGUUUACGAACACUUCAUGGCUCAAACAUUGUUCAUGGCGCUUUACACCCUCACAAUGUCUUUGUCAUUAACCGUCAGCAUGGAGUCCUUGGAGAUUUUGACUUCACCAAGACACCGGAUCAGCGCACUAACGUCAGUUGGAUGGUGGCUGAUAAACUAGACCUGGUGGCACCGGAGGUCCGGAGUGGCCAUGCUGUUGUUCCUGCAUCUGACAUGUUUGCUUACGGAAACCAGCUCCUCUGGUUGAACUUUUCAAGGAAUGAUUUCACAGUAAAUCUUGAUGGUACUGUAGAUUUGAGUGAGAUGAAUAUGGAUCCUAAACUACAGAGCCUGGUAUCGAGGUUGACUUGUUGCAGCCCUGUUGACAGAUUGAGGGCCGAGCAGCUGAUAGAGGACGACUAUUUUCAGACGAUUAAAACCGACUCCAUUCAGGAAGCUAGUACUUCGAUACUUGAGGAGAACCAUGCAACCAGCAUCCUUGUCAAUGAAAUCAAUUCAGAGCUGCCUGUUAAAAAGACAACAGAAAACCUUCCCUGAAUUUGUUUCACAUUCCAUUUUCAAUAUUUGCGUCAGUAAAGGUUGGCUUCAUCCAGGGCUUAAGAUGACUUGUUAGGUUUAGCAAAAGUUUAUGUAGAACAUAAGAUGUCGUUUCAUGGUAAUAUAACUUUGUGGAUAUGUUUUUUUUCU